ACUCUCUAUCUAGUUUUAGACGUUCACGAGUGGCCUGGAGUGUUUACAUUAUUUAUUUUUUAACCCAAAAUAAUCAUUCCCCCCAAAGCGUUAAUAUUUCUUAUUCAAACCUCCCGCCGCCCAGGGGGACGUAUGUCGUCCACCCCUGGUUCAGAAGAACUUCAGGGCCGCUGCAGUCAGUGCAACAGGAGUGCUAUCAAUGUAAUAACCGUUAGAGGGCGCUAUUUCGUCCCUUUUCUUUAGAAAACGCCAGCUACCAAGGAAAGGGUGGCUCCACCAAGAUACUGGAGGAGAAAAAAAAUAUGCUAGUUGGUUAGGUAGGAGUCGCCUCUCGGAUCAAUCCAUUACUCGUCCUAUUUGAAGACCCCGGGGAAAAGUCGAUACGUUUCUGAAACGGUGGUGUUGAUAGGUGAUGCUGGGAGUAGUAGAAAUGACGGGCAGCAACAUGGCGAACGCCCUGGCGAACGCGUCGUGCGAGCGCUGUAAGAGCGGCUUCGCCCCGGCAGAGAAGAUCGUCAACAGCAACGGGGAGCUGUACCACGAGGGCUGCUUCGUCUGCGCACAGUGCUUCCAGCAGUUCCCCGAGGGGCUCUUCUAUGAGUUUGAAGGCAGGAAAUACUGUGAACAUGACUUUCAGAUGCUCUUCGCUCCCUGCUGCCACCAGUGUGGGGAGUUCAUCAUUGGCCGUGUGAUCAAGGCCAUGAACAACAGCUGGCAUCCUGAUUGUUUCUGCUGUGACAUCUGCCAGGCUGUGCUCGCUGACGUCGGCUUCGUCAAGAACGCUGGCAGGCACCUGUGUCGACCCUGUCAUAACCGUGAGAAGGCUAGAGGUCUGGGGAAGUACAUCUGUCAGAAAUGCCAUGCCAUCAUCGAGGACAGCCCCCUCAUCUUUAAGAACGACCCCUAUCAUCCCGACCACUUCAACUGCAACAACUGUGGUAAGGAGCUGACAGCAGAUGCCAGGGAGCUGAAGGGAGAGCUGUACUGUCUGCCCUGCCAUGAUAAGAUGGGGGUGCCGAUCUGUGGCGCCUGCAGGAGGCCCAUCGAGGGACGCGUGGUCAACGCCAUGGGCAAGCAGUGGCACGUCGAGCAUUUUGUGUGUGCUAAGUGUGAGAAGCCGUUCCUUGGACACCGCCACUAUGAGAGGAAGGGUCUGGCCUACUGUGAGACCCACUACAACCAGCUCUUUGGUGAUGUGUGCUACCACUGCAACAGAGUGAUUGAAGGAGACGUGGUGUCAGCCCUGAACAAAGCAUGGUGUGUGAACUGUUUCUCCUGCGCCACCUGCAACACCAAGCUCACCCUCAAGAACAAGUUUGUGGAGUUUGACAUGAAGCCUGUGUGUAAGAAAUGUUAUGAGAAAUUUCCUCUGGAACUGAAGAAGAGACUGAAGAAACUGGCUGAGACUGUCGGACGCAAGUAGACCUCCGAUUCCCAAGGGGGCGACACUCAACAACAUGUCCAGUAGCUUUCCCAAAGCCCCAGAAACUCUGGAAAAUUCCCUUUCCCGGAUGUCCUGAUUAUUCCCUACUGGGGAUCUUCCAUUUCGGGGGUUUCUAGAAACCUGGGAUUGUAAGAAAGUUACUGGAGGUUCGCAGGUUAGCAACGCUGAACCCUGUAUUAACCUUAACAAGUGCCCAAAUUAGUCAAAGGAAUUGUAUGAACGUGUCAGAUUUAGACUCAAAAUCCCGUCUGUUCCAGUAUUUUAGUAUUUGACGUCUUCAGGUACUCAGUAUAACGUGUUUAAUCUUUUCUCACUUUUUAAUUGAUAAUUUUUUGUGCACGUGGCUUUUGCAUGUGGAGCUGUUUUUCAGAUGUCCAGAGUCUUAAUCAAACAAUAUAGAACCUCAUUCUGCCUGACAAUGACCUAUGAAAGCAUGGAGGGGAAAAAACGAUGGGUGAAAUGCAUUUAGACAUUGUUAAGAAAUAAUACAUAUAACUGAUGUAGUUUGGCCACGAGCGGACCAAAUGAACAGCAGUAUAAAGGGUUAAUGACGUCUAACGAAAUACUUGCACGCUGUCUUAAAGAGAUGAAGGUGCUUGUAGUACUCUUAAAAUAGCUUUUGUCUUGUGCCUUGGGUAUGAAUAUACACUGAGUAUACAACAUAUUUCCAUGGCAUUGACUGAUCAGGUGAAAGCUAUGAUCCCUUAUUGAUGUCUCUUCAAUCAGUAGAUGACAGAUUUAAAGAAGGAUUUUUUUUUUAGCUCGGUACUAGUACUAAUGUUUGGUAAGCUCAGUGUAUAUUUUAUACUGCAUUAUAUACUGUAAGGGUGUCCGAUAAUAUGCAUGUGGUUGUCCGAUAUACUGGCAUGUGAUCCAGACUUACUACAACUGCCUUAAUCAGAGAAUAUUCCUCACUUCUGUGUAAGAAUGAGAAUUCUAGCUGUGUAUCAGAACGUGGAGCCCAUGACUCUGGUAUGUCAUCUAGGACUCUGGUAUGUCAUCUAGGACUCUGGUAUGUCAUCUAGGACUCUGGUAUGUCAUCUAGGACUCUGGUAUGUCAUGUGUGAGUCUGGUAUAUCGUGUAUCCUAACAUUUGCUUGUAAUAAAAUAAAAUGUCAUGGGUUUG